AGGGAAGCUCCCAGUUCUAAAGAGAGGCUGUUUACCAGAAGAGCGAGCAUAACAAGGGCCGGUCUCACUGCAAGGCUGGGAACUAGGAGGCAAAACUGCUGCCAAGGAGACCCCUUCGGACACUGGCUGUUCAGUCAUCUGCAAGCCGGAAGAGGCGAGGAUGCUGUUGGCAGUGGUACAUAUAUUACUUCUCAGCAACAUGCUUCUGGCAGGAGCCUAUGGAUAUGGAGGCUGCUUCUGGGACGGCGGCCACCUGUACCGGGAGGACCAACCGUCGCCCGCGCCGGGUCUCCGUUGCCUCAACUGGCUGGCCGCGGAAGGCGGCCGCGGGUCGCCCACCGAGUCCAGCCCCGGCAACCACAACUACUGCCGGAACCCGGACCAGGACCCGCGCGGUCCCUGGUGCUACAUCAGCAGCGACACCGGCGUCCCUGAGAAGCGGCUUUGCGAGGACGUGCGCUGUCCAGCUCCAGAGAAGGCUUCCCAAGCACCACCAGCUGCUACAACAGAGCUGGAAGAGAAGUCUGAGGCUCCAGGUGACAAAGAGGCACAGGUGUUUCCUCCUGCUAAUGUCCUGCCAGCCAGGAGCGAGGCAGCAGAGGUGCAGUCAGUGAUUGGCAUCAGUCAGCGCGUGAGGAUGAAUUCCAAGGAGAAGAAGGACCUGGGAACUCUGGGCUAUGUGCUGGGCAUUACUAUGAUGGUGAUCAUCAUUGCCAUCGGAGUUGGCAUCAUCCUGGGCUACACUUACAAGAGGGGGAAGGACCUGAAAGAGCAACAUGAGCAGAAAGUGUGUGAGCGGGAGAUGCAGCGAAUCACCCUGCCCCUGUCUGCCUUCACGAACCCUACCUGUGAGAUCAUGGAUGAGAAGACCAUUGUCAUACACAGCAACCAGACUCCUGCUGACCCUCAGGAGGGCAGCACCCUCCUUGUGAGCCAGGCUGGCACCCCUGGGGCCUGAGCCCCUUCAAUGGGCAGGAGCCCAUGAAGACAUUGGUACAGGACAGGCCACACUCUUGCAGCUGAGAGGAGCUAUUUUUUGUGUUGUGGUUAAAACCCUAUUCUAUUUUUCUUUUGAGCGGGAGAAAAGACUCCUCAUGACACAAGCAGAAGCAGGGGGCAUUAUGGGUGAGUGUGAGGAGGCUGGGUAGGGUCCCUCAGUGCUCCUUUGCUAUCCCUUGGAGCGGACUUGCCCCUGGAUAGUGACUGGCACAGCAACCACAGUGGUGCUGUGGCAAAAAAGGGCUUCCACAUUGCCUGACCCAGGGAAAGACAGGGAGCUGGCCGAGGCUCCUCUAUGCUGUACACCUAAGGUGGCCUCAGUCUCUGCCUUUCCAUCUGUCACCCAGGAACUUGAGUGGCAUAUACUGUUAUUCAUAGUUAAGGUCAAACAGGUCAUGCAUGAGGCAGCAUUUAUAUAUAUAGUAUUUGGGAUGGAAGGUCCCUUCCGACUUCUGAGAACCAGAAGUGAAUUUGUACACGAGUCAGAACUGUGGGCUGCAAAUGGGUUCUGGAUGAGGGCUGCUGGGCGUGCUCCAGCUUGCUUGAUGUGCCUUGACAACUCUGGGCCCGGCCUGGGCCCAAGGGACUCUUCCUGCUCUGUAAGGAAAGAAAGGGAAGAAUUGCACUAAACAUUCCGCUUAGGAAGACACAGAAGGGCCUGCUUCUGCCUUCAGCUUCAGAUUUGGGUAUCCAGAUGGUCUCUCUCCAUUUUGUGCUGAUAAGAGAAUAACCAGUCAACCCAUGGGAAUUACACAUAUCAGCGCCUGUGAACCUAGAGUAGGCCCAGAGGCUAGGUAACAAAGGCAUGGAGGGGCUUGCCUUCACAAUACACCUUGGCUCACAGGCAGCCGGAUGGCCUCCAGGCCAGUGCCUUCCAUAGGGCUAGGAUUGCAACUUGUACAAUCACUGAAGCACUGGGAAGGACCUUAAGGGGUUCCAAGUUUCAGACACAGGUCUCCAGAGAGGGAAAAGUGUCUGGAUCAAAGCAAAAUCUGGAUGGCCAGGGUUGCCCAGCUUCCUGCCUGGGCAGUGUUCCUUAGCCAGAUGCCCUCUACCGCCUACCACAGAGAGGGGUGGGUGCCAUCCACUCCCUUCCCUGGGCUGCUCUCUGGAGCCAUCUGUUGAAGGGGCCUAGACCUCAGGGUUCCCAUGGUGGAACUGACUAUGGGAAAGAGAACAGUACUACUUCUGACUUUUCUAUGAAAGUAUUUCUCUGUGUAUGUUUUAUAUACCUCAUUCUGACACCUGUGUAUGAACUGUGGGAAACUGCGCUGCAUUUGA